CAGUUUUGAAGAUGAUGACAAUCCUCUUGUUACUCAGUGUCCUCUUUGUUACAGGAGCUUUGGCUGUUUGUCCUCCUCCAUCAGAUCUCAACAUCACUGCACCAAAGACCAUGGAAGCACUGAGUGGAUCCUGUUUGCAGAUCCCCUGUAAAUUUAGUGCUAAACCAGAACAAAGUUUUACAGGCAACAACGUCGGUGUGUGGAUUAAAAGGGACACCAGAUUUGGAAUAUUUCCAAACAAUGUGAUCUUCAAUGGCAGCAGGUCAGACAACGUCUAUGAAGUGAACAUUACUGGAGAUCUGAACCAGAAAGACUGCACCAGUGUAUUUUUCGGUUUGAAAAAAAACGACACAGAUGAAUACUUCUUCAGAGUUGAAGGACAAUCGUUCAGAGCAACAGCUGGUUGUCAUCCUCUUCAAAUAAACAUUACAGAUGAUCCUCCAAUACCCAAUAUUGAAAUGUCAGGUGACCUGAGGGAGGGGGAGUCUCUCAACGUGACCUGCUCAGCUCCCACCCCCUGUCCUGCAUCCCCCCCCGAACUAACCUGGGACAACAAACCACCGCCUCACAACCACAUACAGGGAAAUGCUGAUGGAACCUUUUCAACUCAAAUCCAAGUAAACAUCAGUCUGUCAGACAUACAUGAUGGAUGCAACAUCACCUGCUCGGCCAAAUAUCCUGAACGUGUGAAGUCAACUCAACACAAAGUGACUCUCAACAUUUCCUAUGCCCCCAAGGACACGUUGGCAUCCGUUAGUCGGUCACUGUCGGCAGGUGGAUGGGUGAACCUGACCUGCACCAGCAGAGCCAAUCCUUCCGUCCACCACUUCACUUGGUUCAAGAGGAACCCGGACGGAGCCACAAACGUGUCUGAAGGAGCCGUUUACAGUGUCAGUGCCACAGAUGGAGGAGUUUAUUUCUGUGAGGCGAAUAAUACUCUUGGUGGUCAGAGGUCACCCAACAUUCACCUGAAGGAACCUCUACGAUGGGAACCAGUUGUUGGAGGAAUUGCUGGGAGCGUCCUUCUCGUCUGCUCAAUUAUCUUCGUUUGGUAUUUGAGGUCAAGACAUCCAGCAGUACAACAGACUCAGAGUCAAACAGGAGAAGAGCUGGUCCUCACAAACUCAGCCACAAGAAACGAGGAAGAACGCCUCCAUUACGGUGAGAUCGACUUCUCCAGGCAACGAGCUGUUCUGUCCUCAGACUCCCUGCGGGACCGUGAGCAGCAGCAGGACACGGUAUACGCACAAGUGAAAGUGAGAACUCCAAAGACCUCUACGCAGAAGUAA